GUCAACAUUUUACAAGUCAACCAGCUGGCCUCUUCCAUUCAUUCCAGUUACCAUGUUGGUGUCAACAGUUUUGCUGUUCCUCUGUAUUUUUUUCAUCAUCUUUCAACUCAAAUCACGGAGGCCCAAGAACUUCCCACCAGGACCUCCAGCACUGCCUGUUCUGGGGAACCUUUUAACCCUGACUCAAGGUGACCUCUUGAAAGGAUUGGAGAGGCUGAGGAAGCCUUAUGGAGAUGUCUACAGUCUGUACUUCGGUACAAAACCAGCUGUUGUCAUCAAUGGGCUGAAGGCCAUGAAGGAGGCGAUGGUGAUCAAGGCCACAGAUUUUGCUGGACGACCCCAGGAUGUGCUGUUUUCUGACGUCUUCCAGGGAAAAGGAUUGCUCCUCGUAGAUUAUGGUUUGAGAUGGAUGGAAAAUCGUCGCUUUGCUCUGAUGACCUUGAGGAACUUCGGUCUUGGGAAAACAUCAAUGGAGGCAAGAAUUCAUGACGAGCUUCAAUACGCAAUUGAAAUACUGGAAAAGAGCAUUGGUAAAACCAUGAGUCCUCAGGUUUUGUUUCAUAAUACGGCCUCUAACAUCAUCUGCCAGGUUCUGUUUGGUACACGCUAUGAGCAUGAAGACGAGACAAUCAAAGUGAUUGUUCGAUGCUUUGCAGAAAUUGCUAAAAUAGCCAGUGGACCGUGGGCUAUGCUGUACAACAGUGUUCCGAUGGUGCGCCACCUGCCACUGCCCUUCAGAAAGGCCUUUGAGAAUGUUGAGACUUAUUUAGGUAUUGUUCACCAUAUUAUGACUGAACACAAAAAGACCAGAGAACCGGGCGAGCCACGAGAUUUUGUUGACUGCUAUCUGGAUGAACUGGAUAAGAGAGGUGAUGAUUCUACCUUUUCAGAGGAGCAACUCUUGAGAAGCACGUUUGAUCUUUACCUAGCUGGGACUGACACCACGUCGAGCACUCUGCUCACUGCUUUUCUGUACCUGAUGAACUACCCACACAUACAAGAACAAUGUCAGCAGGAGAUAGACCAGAUAGCGGAGGGGAAGGAUCGGGUCAGUUUUGAGGACAGACACAAGAUGCCGUACAUGCAGGCUGUGAUCCAUGAAUUGCAGAGGAUUGCCAACACUGUUCCUCUCAGUAUCGUUCACUGCACAACAAAAGACACAGAGCUCAUGGGAUAUGGAAUUCCCAAGGGUACAACGGUCAUUCCAAAUCUGAGCUCUGUGCUGAGGGAGAAAGGACAGUGGAAAUAUCCUGAGGAAUUUAAUCCAGAAAACUUUCUUAAUGACAAGGGGGAGUUCUUCAAACCAGAAGCCUUCAUGCCCUUCUCUGCUGGUCCUCGAAUAUGUCUCGGAGAGGGUCUGGCUCGUAUGGAGCUUUUCCUCAUUAUGGUGACACUUCUGAGGAGGUUUAAGUUCAUCUGGCCUGAAGAUGCAGGAGAACCAGACUUCACCCCAGUCUUUGGUGGCACUUUAACUCCCAAACCUUAUUACAUGAAGGUCCAACUGAGGUCAACGUAGCUUGGUGGUGUGCAGAUGAUCAGCAAAAACAGAUGAAAGUUCCAAUGAAUAUUCAGUUUGGAUUAUCUUGUUUAAUUUGAUUAAAAAAUUUAGAGA